AUGCCUGGGUAUUUCAUUGCUUAUUUCAUUCUUGUGGUUUCGCUAUUUCCUUCGGCCUUUGCGCAAAACUUUGCCACGUUGGUCGUGACUCGAUUCUUUGGCGGUGGCGCCUCUUCGGUAUCUAUCAACAUCGUCGGAGGUAGCAUCAGCGAUGUCUGGUAUGGCCCGAAGGCUCGGAGCUUACCGAUGUCUCUGUUUGGAUUUACGAGCGUAGUUGGGAUAGCGUUGGGUCCCUUUAUCGGAUCAGCCAUUCAACAGAUUCACAAAAACAGUCCAUGGAGAUGGAUCUUCUACAUUCAGAUAAUUUAUAACGCUGGACUAAUCCCGGUCUUCUGGUUCAUUCUUCGCGAGACCCGCGCAGAUGUGAUCUUAAAACGACGUGCGAAGAAACUCCGCAUGGAGACCGGCCGUGCUAUAUAUGCCGAAGCAGAUUUGGACACCACCAGCGUCUUGAAGCUGGUGCAGAUUUCGUUCGAGCGUCCUACCCGAAUGCUCCUGACGGAGCCUGUUGUCAUUUUCUUUACCCUAUGGGUCAGCUUCGCGUGGGGAAUCCUCUUCCUGUUUUUCUCAAGUGUCACCCAAACCUUUAGUGCAAACUAUGGCUGGGGAACAUUCCAGACUGGUCUAGUUCAGCUAGCCAUAUCAGUGGGAGCUGUAAUUGGCACAAUUCUAAACCCUAUCCAAGACUGGAUCUACCUCAGGUCUGCGCGCCAAAAUCGUGAGUGUCCCGGUAGACCGAUUCCAGAAGCCCGGUUGUAUACUUCUAUACCUGGCAGUCUUUUGUUCGCGGGUGGGCUCUUCUGGUACGGUUGGGCUAGUGUUGAAGACGGCUCUGUCUCUUGGGUCGUGCCGGCGCUAGGAAUUGGCUGCACAGGCGUGGGAAUUUACUCUAUCUACAUGGCCGUGGUCAACUACCUGACUGACGCCUACGAGAAAUACGCUGCAUCGGCGUUGUCAGCCGCUUCGUUAGGGCGAAACACUUUUGGUGCUUUUUUGCCUCUUGCAUCUUUCCAGCUUUUCAAUAACUUAGGCUUUGGCUGGGCUGGAUCUUUGCUCGGUUUUGUUGGACUUGCCCUAUCGGUUGUACCUGUCGUGCUGGUACUUAAGGGGCCAGCAAUUCGCCGACAAAGUCCCUUCAUGCGCGAGGCUACGUUUGACCCUGAUGACGGUGAAAAGGACCGCCCCUCAAACAAGAUGGAAGUGUGA